AUGCGCAUUGAGAUUCCUUCAGACAAGCGCGACUCGCCGCGCCGUGGUGCGCAUGCGCAGUGCUGCACUCAGGGCGGAAGUAGGAGCUGCUGCUAGGAGGUGGAGCCGUCGAGCUCGCUGUGAGGUGGGCAAGCGGCCGACAUGGCGCGCUCCGGGAGUCUAGUGGUUUCCCUGGCGGUCCUGGUGCUGUUGCUUUGGGGUGCUCCCUGGACCCACGGGCGGCGGAGCAACGUGCGCGUCAUUACUGACGAGAACUGGAGAGAGUUGCUGAAAGGAGACUGGAUGAUAGAGUUUUAUGCCCCGUGGUGCCCGGCUUGUCAAAAUCUUCAACCAGAAUGGGAAAGUUUUGCUGAAUGGGGAGAAGAUCUUGAGGUUAAUGUUGCAAAAGUAGAUGUCACAGAGCAGCCAGGACUGAGUGGACGGUUUAUUAUAACUGCUCUUCCUACUAUUUAUCAUUGUAAAGAUGGUGAAUUUAGACGCUAUCAGGGUCCAAGGACUAAGAAGGACUUCAUAAACUUUAUCAGUGAUAAAGAGUGGAAGAGUAUUGAACCUGUUUCAUCAUGGUUUGGUCCAGGUUCUGUUCUGAUGAGUAGUAUGUCAGCACUCUUCCAGCUUUCUAUGUGGAUCAGGACUUGCCAUAACUAUUUUAUUGAAGACCUUGGAUUACCGGUUUGGGGAUCAUAUGCAGUUUUUGCUUUAGUAACUCUCCUUUCAGGACUGUUAUUAGGACUCUGUAUGAUAUUUGUGGCAGAUUGCCUUUGUCCUUCAAAAAGGCGCAGACCACAGCCAUACCCUUCAAAAAAAAUAUUACCAGAAUCUUCUCAACCUUUGAAAAAAGUGGAGGAGGAACAAGAGGCUGAUGAAGGAGAUAUUUCGGAAGAGGAAGCUGAAAGCAAAGAAGGAACAAGCAAAGACUUGCCACAGAAUGCCAUAAGACAACGCUCUGUGGGUCAAUCUUUGGCCACAGAUAAAUCCUAGUUAAUUUUUAUAGAUAUCUUCAUAUUAUGAUUUUGACAAAAACAAGAUUCAUCAUUUCUUUUGGUUUGAAGUGAACUGUGACUUGCUUGUGUAUUGCAGGGUUCCGUCUAGAUUGUCAUUAGAUUGAACAGUCUACGUUCAGAAAAUAAAAGCACUAGGUAUAAUUUAAAUUAUGAUUUAAGAACAGUAUGGUGGUUUAAACAGUUUUUUAAUUUUUGAAAAAUCUGGUGCCAAGCAAUAAGAUUUGUGUAUAUUUGUUUAAUAAUAACCUAUUCCAAGUCUGAGUUUUAAAAAUAUAAUUUUCCCAAAUAUUGCAUUAUUAGGAUAUUUAAGAAGAUUACUUUAGAGAAAAAGGUUUCUCAUUUGAUAAUUUUUCUUGGUUUCACUGUGUGAAAAAAAGAACAUAUUUCCCAUAAAUGGGAACUUUGCCCAUUAUCUCAAGAAAUGUGUAUUUCAAUGACAACUCUGUGGUCUUUUUAGAGAUAUAAUCCAAAAUUUCCUCAUUUUUAGAUUAUGCAACUAAUAAAAACUCUUCAAUUACAGUUUUCUGCACAUGAUAGUACCGGAUAUGCUAUUGAUUUUGGAAGUUUUUAUAACUUCAUGGUAUCCUCCUAUAAAGGUUUGCCUUUUUUGUUCAGUAUAUGGUUUAUGGUUUAUAUUUUGCUUAUUUGCCA